GCUUUGAUGCCCUCUAUGAGCUGCGGUCACAGGAGAGGGAAUCCAGUUUGGGAUUGGAUGGUAGCAGCACGUACAACGUGGGGCAGAGUCAGCUCAUCCCUGUAAGCCCUGAAGUGAUCAAGCGCCGGCGAGGAGGGCUGAUUGAACAACGGGAUAUCAUCAAGGCACAUGAAGCACAUAAGAUGCAGAGCACACCCCAGGCAAGGCGGAAGGAGUGGGAGAUGGCUCGUUUUGGUGAGGCAAUGGCUGGCAGGCUGGGAUCCGGCGAUGGAGCCACAGAGCCGAACAGGAACCGCCAGGGAGCUCCUGCUCCUUCGGGGGGGACCCCAGGAGCCUACAAGCAAACCAAAGCCCAAAGGGCCAGGACUAUGGCGCUGUACAACCCCAUCCCUGUCCGCCAGAACUGCUUCACAGUCAACAGAUCCCUCUUCAUCUUUGGGGAAGAUAACAUUGUCAGGAAAUAUGCCAAGAAGCUCAUCGACUGGCCUCCCUUUGAAUACAUGAUUUUGGCGACCAUCAUUGCGAACUGCAUCGUUCUGGCUCUGGAGCAGCACCUCCCUGAGGAUGAUAAGACACCUAUGUCUCGGAGAUUAGAGAAGACGGAACCUUAUUUCAUUGGGAUCUUUUGCUUUGAGGCUGGCAUUAAAAUUGUUGCUUUGGGAUUCGUUUUCCACAAGGGCUCAUACCUCCGGAAUGGCUGGAAUGUAAUGGAUUUCAUUGUGGUCCUGAGUGGUAUCCUGGCCACCGCAGGGACACAUUUCAACACCCAUGUGGACCUGCGGACUCUGCGGGCGGUACGAGUGCUCAGACCUCUGAAGCUUGUCUCAGGCAUUCCUAGUUUACAGAUUGUGCUGAAAUCCAUCAUGAAGGCGAUGGUGCCUCUCCUACAGAUAGGCCUCCUUCUCUUUUUUGCUAUCCUGAUGUUUGCCAUCAUUGGCCUGGAGUUCUACAGUGGGAAGCUACACCGGGCUUGUUAUGUGAACAAUUCAGGUGAAUUACAAGAGCUGGACCCACCUCAUCCCUGUGGGGCGCAGGGAUGCCCUGCAGGUUACGAGUGCAGAGAUUGGAUCGGUCCCAAUGAUGGGAUCACUCAGUUUGACAACAUCCUCUUUGCUGUGUUGACUGUCUUCCAGUGCAUUACCAUGGAAGGAUGGACUACAGUGCUGUACAAUACCAAUGAUGCCUUAGGAGCCACCUGGAACUGGCUGUACUUCAUUCCCCUCAUCAUAAUCGGAUCAUUUUUUGUCCUUAACCUUGUCCUGGGAGUGCUUUCUGGGGAAUUUGCCAAAGAGAGAGAGCGGGUGGAGAAUCGCCGGGCUUUCAUGAAACUGAGGAGGCAGCAGCAGAUUGAACGUGAGCUGAAUGGCUACCGAGCCUGGAUAGAUAAAGCAGAGGAAGUAAUGCUGGCUGAAGAGAACAAAAAUUCUGGCACGUCUGCCUUAGAAGUACUCAGGAGGGCAACCAUCAAAAGGAACCGGACGGAAGUCAUGAAUCGGGACUCUAGUGAUGAGCGUGUGGACAUCUCCUCUGUGGGUACUCCGCUUGCUCGAGCCAGCAUCAAGAGUGCUAAAUUGGAUGGUGCCUCAUACUUCCGACACAAGGAGCGUCUACUGCGUAUCUCUGUUCGUCACAUGGUGAAAUCCCAGGUGUUCUAUUGGCUCGUUUUGAGUAUAGUGGCCCUCAACACUGCCUGUGUGGCCAUCGUCCAUCACAACCAACCUCCGUGGCUCACUCACCUCCUCUACUAUGCAGAGUUUAUAUUUCUGGGGCUCUUCCUGCUAGAGAUGUCCUUGAAGAUGUAUGGAAUGGGCCCACGCCUUUACUUUCAUUCUUCUUUCAACUGCUUUGACUGUGGGGUCACAGUGGGGAGCAUCUUUGAAGUGGUUUGGGCUAUCUUCAGACCUGGGACCUCUUUUGGGAUCAGUGUCUUACGAGCCCUGCGGCUUCUGAGAAUAUUUAAGGUCACAAAGUAUUGGGCUUCCUUGAGGAAUUUGGUGGUCUCACUGAUGAGUUCUAUGAAGUCUAUUAUCAGCCUGCUCUUCCUCCUUUUCCUCUUCAUUGUAGUCUUUGCCCUGCUUGGGAUGCAGCUGUUUGGUGGCAGAUUUAAUUUUAUGGAUGGGACUCCUUCUGCAAACUUUGAUACCUUUCCUGCAGCUAUCAUGACAGUUUUCCAGAUCCUAACAGGCGAAGACUGGAAUGAGGUGAUGUAUAAUGGGAUUCGUUCCCAAGGCGGUGUCCGCUCAGGAAUGUGGUCAUCUAUCUACUUCAUUGUCCUCACUCUAUUUGGAAACUACACCCUGCUUAAUGUCUUCUUGGCCAUCGCUGUGGACAACCUAGCCAAUGCACAGGAGCUAACAAAGGAUGAGCAAGAGGAAGAAGAGGCUUUUAACCAGAAGCAUGCUCUGCAGAAAGCGAAGGAAGUCAGUCCAAUGUCUGCUCCCAACAUGCCUGCUAUAGAAAGGGACAGAAGGAGGAGACACCACAUGUCGAUGUGGGAACCACGCACCAGCAAUCUGAGGGAGAGGAGAAGGCGGCAUCACAUGUCUGUGUGGGAGCAGCGGACCAGCCAGCUCCGCCGGCACAUGCAGAUGUCCAGCCAAGAAGGCAUCAACAAAGAAGAACCUCCUUUGCUCAACCCCCAUGCUAGUAUCUUUCGGAAGAGAAAGCCACUGGAGAAUGCCGGCCUUGAAAAGAACGAGGAGGGCAGAUCAGAGCGGACCCACACCGAAGGCCUGGAACAGCAAACCCCAGGUUCCAAUCCCUGCCCAAGCAUCAGGGAAGACCAGAAGACCCCAUCCCCGCGAGCCAAGAGAGACUGGGAGGAGUGGCAUCACAAGUCCUUCCAUGGGAACUGUGAUUUGAAUGAGCCAGAGGGCGGAGGCAGCGUGGGGGGCUUUGAGGAAAGGGCCCGGCUCAGGCAAAGCCAGAGGCGCAGCCGGCACCGCAGGGUGAGGACAGAAGCUAAAGAGAACAGGGCGGCCAGCCAGGACCCGUGCCCAGAAGGAGGAGUUAGUCCCUCCAAGGGAGAGCAGAAUGGGGAGCAAAAGAAAAACGAAGAGGAAAAGGAGGCCUUGAUUGAAAAGGAAGAGCAGGUGACCGGCGAGGAGCUGCAAAGAGCUAAUGAAGUGCCAGCAAAUGACACUGGUGCUGUGCCCACCCAAGAUCCGAGCCCCUCAAAAGACCACCAUGCAUUGGACAAAGCCACGGAUGCUAGUCCAACUCAGCAGGAUGGCAGAAGCCUAGAUACCGGCGAGCAAGCAUUGUUGGGUGACCUGCCAAUGGAGACAGGCAGGACAAUCAGCAGGAGCGAACCUGAUCUCUCCUCCAUAACAACCAAUACAGAGAAAGGCACAGAGAGCACCACCAUCAUGAUUGACGUCCAAGACUCUGCUGUGGUACAGAUAAGCAACAAGACAGAUGGAGAGGCAAGCCCUUUGAAGGAAGCAGAGACAAAGGAAGAGGAGGAUGCAGAGGCAGAGAAGAAGAAGAAACGGAAAAAGGAAAAGCGCUCUGAGACAGGCAAACCAAUGGUGCCACACAGCUCCAUGUUCAUCUUCAGCACCACAAACCCAAUCCGAAGGGCCUGCCAUUACAUCGUCAACCUGCGCUAUUUUGAGAUGUGCAUCCUCUUGGUGAUUGCAGCAAGCAGCAUUGCCUUGGCAGCAGAGGACCCUGUCCUGACCAACUCAGAAAGGAAUAAAGUCCUGAGGUAUUUUGACUAUGUUUUUACUGGCGUUUUCACCUUUGAGAUGAUUAUUAAGAUGAUAGACCAGGGAUUAAUCCUGCAAGAUGGUUCCUAUUUCCGGGACCUUUGGAACAUCCUGGAUUUCAUUGUGGUUGUUGGAGCACUGAUGGCCUUUGCCUUGGCGACCAACAAAGGCCGGGAUAUCAAAACUAUUAAGUCUCUUCGUGUUCUAAGAGUCUUGAGGCCUUUGAAGACUAUCAAGCGGUUGCCUAAACUCAAGGCUGUCUUUGACUGUGUUGUAACAUCGCUGAAGAAUGUCUUCAACAUACUCAUUGUCUACAAGCUCUUUAUGUUCAUCUUUGCUGUCAUCGCAGUUCAGCUCUUCAAGGGUAAAUUCUUCUACUGUACAGACAGCUCAAAGGACACAGAGAAAGACUGCAUAGGCAACUAUGUGGACCAUGAGAAAAACAAGAUGGAGGUGAAGUGUCGAGAAUGGAAGCGCCAUGAAUUCCACUAUGACAAUAUCAUUUGGGCAUUGCUUACACUCUUCACUGUCUCCACUGGUGAAGGGUGGCCACAGGUUCUGCAGCACUCGGUGGACGUUACUGAGGAGGACCGUGGCCCCAGUCGUAGCAACCGCAUGGAGAUGUCAAUUUUUUACGUGGUGUAUUUUGUAGUCUUUCCUUUUUUCUUUGUUAACAUCUUUGUGGCUCUCAUCAUCAUCACUUUUCAGGAGCAAGGAGACAAAAUGAUGGAGGAGUGUAGCCUGGAGAAGAAUGAGAGAGCAUGCAUCGACUUUGCCAUCAGCGCCAAACCCCUCACCCGCUACAUGCCUCAAAACCGACACACCUUUCAGUACCGGGUCUGGCACUUUGUUGUCUCCCCAUCAUUUGAAUACACCAUCAUGGCCAUGAUAGCACUUAACACUGUGGUUCUAAUGAUGAAGUACUAUUCUGCUCCUUACACAUAUGAACUGGCGCUGAAGUAUUUGAACAUUGCUUUUACCAUGGUUUUCUCAUUGGAAUGUGUCUUGAAAAUUAUUGCUUUUGGCUUCCUGAAUUAUUUCCGUGACACCUGGAACAUCUUUGAUUUCAUCACCGUGAUUGGCAGCAUUACAGAAAUUAUCUUGACGGAUAGCAAGCUGGUAAAUACCAGCAGUUUCAAUAUGAGUUUUCUGAAGCUGUUCCGGGCAGCCCGUCUCAUCAAACUGCUUCGCCAGGGUUACACCAUUCGGAUUCUGCUAUGGACUUUUGUGCAGUCAUUCAAGGCCCUUCCGUAUGUCUGUCUCCUGAUCGCAAUGCUCUUCUUCAUUUAUGCAAUCAUUGGAAUGCAGGUUUUUGGAAAUAUCAAACUAGAUGAAGAAAGCCACAUUAACCGUCACAACAACUUCCGCAGCUUCCUGGGUUCACUUAUGCUUCUUUUCAGGAGUGCCACAGGGGAGGCAUGGCAGGAGAUCAUGCUUUCAUGCCUGGAGGGUAAAGGCUGUGAGCCAGACACCACUGCAACAUCUGGACAAAAUGAAAAUGAACGAUGUGGCACCGAACUGGCAUAUGUUUACUUUGUGUCCUUCAUCUUCUUCUGCUCCUUCUUGAUGCUCAACCUCUUUGUGGCCGUCAUCAUGGACAAUUUUGAGUACCUGACUCGGGAUUCCUCCAUCUUGGGGCCUCAUCACCUUGAUGAAUUUGUCCGGAUUUGGGCAGAGUACGACAGAGCUGCAUGUGGCCGCAUCCAUUACACUGAGAUGUAUGAAAUGCUGACUCUCAUGUCCCCACCACUAGGCCUCGGCAAGAGAUGUCCCUCCAAAGUUGCUUAUAAGAGGCUGGUCCUGAUGAAUAUGCCUGUGGCAGAAGACAACACAGUUCAUUUCACUUCCACCUUAAUGGCACUCAUCCGAACAGCUUUGGAUAUUAAGAUUGCUAAAGGUGGUGCAGACUGGCAGCUGCUGGACUCUGGACUCCAGAAGGAGAUUCUGACCAUCUGGCCUCACCUUUCACAGAAGAUGCUAGAUCUGCUGGUGCCCAUGCCAAAAACUACAGACCUGACCAUUGGCAAAAUCUACGCAGCAAUGAUGAUAAUGGACUAUUAUAAGCAAAGUAAAGCUAAGAAACAACGGCAGCAACUGGAAGAACAGAAAAAUGCCCCAAUGUUCCAGCGCAUGGAGCCUUCCUCUCUUCCUCAGGAGAUCAUUUCUAAUGCCAAAGCUUUGCCUUACCUCCAGCAGGAUACACUUUCAGGACUGAGCAGCCGGAGCAGGUUCCCCUCCCUGAGUCCACUCUCUCCACAAGAGAUAUUCCAGUUGGCAUGUAUGGAUUCAGCUCAUGGGGAAUACCAGGAGCAGCAAUCUCUGGAGCCAGAGGUUAGAGAGUUUAAAAGAGUGCAGCCCUCUAACUGUGGCAGCGACCUCCCUGUGGACACACAAGAACGAGCUGUAUCUGGGAGGGCCUCUUCCAUGCCACGCCUGACCGUGGAUCCCCAGGUGGUUACAGACCCAGGCUCCAUGAGACGCUCAUUUUCUACCAUUCGAGACAAGCGGACAAACACUUCCUGGUUAGAUGAGUUUUCCAUGGAAAAGAGCAGUGAAAAUACCUACAAAUCCCGCCGGCGCAGUUACCAUUCUGCACUUCAUCUGUCUUCGCGGCGCCUCAACACAGACUCAGGCCACCGAUCUGACACCCAUCGGUCGGGAGGCAGAGAGCGAGGCCGCUCCAAGGAACGCAAGCACUUGCUCUCUCCAGACAUCUCCCGUUGCAACUCAGAGGAAAGGAGUCCGCCAGCAGAUGGUGACUCUCCGGAGCGACGUCAGUCCAGGUCCCCCAGUGAAGGCAGAUCACAAACCCCCAACAGACAGGGCACAGGCUCCUUGAGUGAGAGCUCCAUCCCAUCUAUAUCUGACACCAGCACGCCAAGACGAAGCCGGCGCCAGCUCCCUCCAGUGCCGCCAAAGCCACGCCCCCUCAUUUCCUAUGCGGCUAUGAUGCAGCACUGUGGCGACAUCUCCCCACAACCUGACGAUAGUGAGGGUGGCUCCCCUCUGCUUUCUGGGGCUCUGGAGACAAACAACGCCUGCUUGACUGAGUCUUCCAGCUCCCCGCAGGGAAAGCAGUCUCUUCUCUCCACCCCACAGCGCUACAUCUCAGAGCCUUACCUGAUGCUCCAGGAUGACUCCCAUGCUUCAGACUGUGGGGAGGAGGAGACACUCACCUUUGAAGCUGCCGUGGCCACCAGCCUUGGCCGCUCCAACACGAUUGCAGUCGGCCCUCGUUCGAGGCACAGCUGGCAGAUGCCCAACGGGCACUACCGCAGGAGGAGGAGAGGAGGGGCAUCGCAAGGGGUGAUGUGUGGGGCUGGCAUCGACGUACUAAGUGAUACGGAAGAAGAUGACAAGUGCUAGAGGCUGCCUCCCCUCCCCCUCUCCUCUGACGCAUGCUGUUUGCCACAUUUGGAAAUGAAGCGAGACAGAAAUCAAAUGCAGCAGCCAGAAACCGAGCCUUUGUGCAAAAGGGAAAAGAAAAAAGAAGUCCAACCCACGGAUUCUGUUUCCGCCCCCCUUUUUCUCAAUUGCACAGAAUCCUUUGAUUAGCUCCUGCAGCCUUGGACCCAGCAAAGAUGCACCUGCUUCUGAAGCAGGAGUGAAGCCUGGCAACAGCAGCCCUCCUCUCAAGUCACGGGGGGCUCCUCCCCUCCCAGUCGGCCAAAGCCAAGAGUGUGUGCCCAAGGAGAGCCAGAAGUCACAAAAGAAACAUAGCAGGAUACAACCUGAACUUGAGUUUUGUUUUUAUCACUUUGUCCCUAGAUCCUAGGCAAAAACAAAGAGGAGAAAAAACCCAGUUGGUAGUUUGGGUGUGUGUGUGUGUGGUUAAUUCUGUGAGGUGUGCCUUCUUUGGCGAUCCCUCCUGUGACUCAUCCAGUUGGAGGGAUAGGAUGGAGGUCCUGACCCAGAGCUUCUUCUUCAGGAGUGGAGGUCACAACGUGGGUUUUUAAGUUUGCUUUCCUUAUGACAAAACUGAAGGAGAAGGUGUGCUGAGAGGAAGACAGGGCGGAGACACCCUGGGCAGUGGUGGCCACAUGCGGUGAAAUGAGGUCUGAAUGAACCCAAGUCUCUGGGAUGAUGGGGAUGAUGGUAAAGGGGUAUCAGGGCCAUUGCUGCUAAAUGUAUGUAACUUGCCAUUCUCCGAAAUGCUUAUUUAUGUUCUGGGAAUGGAAUGUGUAGAGCGUAUAUAUAGAUAUGUGUGUGUGAGCAUAAACAUGCACACAUGUAUAGAUUUAUUCUAAUAAACGGGUGUAUUGCUAGCACCAGGACGGUAUAUUAUUUUACCCUCAGAGAGAGGGAGGAGGCUGUGGUGUAUUGUCCUAUGGAAGUUCUAUGGAACUGUAGAAUUUAAGAGAUGUCAGUUGUGUUCUGUGUCAGGGAUGGACAACUUUUGUAUUCUAGAAGGUUGCUCAAUUUUCCAGACACUGCUCUGGGACCUGGAAGUCUCUGGUCCCUCCUCACACAUAAUUGGGCUCUAGCAGCUUUAUUAUAAAGUUGGCCUAGCAGUAAGGGCUUCCUGCAAAGCCUUCUUGCUUCUGUCUCCUUACAAGUGAGCUUUUUUUUUUGGCUCCAUACCUUGAUCAAAAUUUGGUAGGACAAGUAUUUGAGGGGAAGCAGAUAAAACUGCUUCCGGGGCCAAGUCCAACUUGUGUACCACCGCCAUCCAUCCCCGUUCUGUAAGAUUGUGAUGGCUCUGGAAUAAGCCAGCUCUGGAAAAUAAGCCAGCAUCUGGCUGGUCACUGGGAGGUAUACAAGAUACUGGACUAGGUGUACCUUUGAUCUUAUCCAGCAGGAUUCUGCUUGUGUGUUCUUAAAGAUGCCCCUGAAAAUGAAAGCCAUCAGCUAACUCCAUUCAACAGGUGUUGGCAAAUGCUUUCAGUUAACCAAGGUGCUUAGUGUAGGAUUCUUCUCUUCUCUUCCUGCUCAGCAUUGCGUUCAUUUGGGCAGACCUUUCCUUUCUUCAGCUUAGAAGGCAGGUGGGUCAUUGAUCUGAGGGUGGGGGAGUAGGGAUUCUUACUUACUCUUUUCUGGAAUACUGGAUGCAAAUGGCACUUUGAUUGCUAAGCUUUUGUUCCCACGGGUGGUUUUGUUUUGAGAGCAAAAUAAAACUCCAGUAAGAGUGCAGAGAGGAGAGUGAACCUCAGGUAGAGCUAGAGAGACAUUUACUCCAUUGGGUAAAUAAAAGGUCCAAGGAAAUGCUGGUAGGAGUCUCUGAUUGUCACAUUUACCAGGUGUGAAAGAAAAGGCCAACAGCCACAUACCAUGACAGAACAGGAUAACGUUUUAAAAGCAUUGAACCCCAAAGCCACUUUAAAUACAUUUACUGGAUGAAAUUGUGCAUCUACUAAAGAUUCUUGAAUUUAAGAAUCAAUCUGAAGCUGGGGGCUGAGGGGUCAGGAGAAUCUGGGUGCUAUGAGCAUUUAAAGCUGGUUGCGCAUACAGAAAGAUAUGAGCAGGAUCUUCUAGAGAAGUUGUGAUGCUUCCUGAAAAAACAUUAUUGCAGUUGUUUUGUGACUACCUUCCAGUGUGUAACUGAUCUGACAAUAUUGGUCCAGCAUAAAUGCCUUCUGCGCAUUAUGUGCUAUGCUUCCUUUCCCAGGUCAGUUCUAGAAUGAUACAGGUACAACCAGUCCUCCUCUGGCACAGAUAGCACUCUGGAUCCGUGCUCCCCACUCACCUUUGGGUUGAGUGCCUCUGCCACUCACUAUCCAAUUCCAGAGAGGAAUGGGAGGAAAGAAGCACUUUUACAGAGCACCCACAGAACGUGCUCUCCACCAGUGGCCUGGCCACCAUGAACCAACUGGUGUGGUGAAGCAACUGGGCAGCAGUGCUAGUGCUUGGAAGCUGGUUAUGCACAGCACCCAACUGCCUGGUCUCAUGUGAUCUCCUCACUAACAGGCCUGUUUAGGAGAUACUGUGAAAUUGAGACCAUUCAUCCAUUUCCAAGGUUUUGGAGGCUGCAUGGGAUUAUUACUGCCCAGGCUUCACAAUACAUGCUAAAUGUUUGUAUGUCUGCCUUUUUAAAAAAGCUAAAUAGCAGUUGCAAUUUGGUGGUGGUGGGCGGGGUAAUGCAACCGGAAUGGGACGGCACAGAAAGGGAGUAUUUAACCCUUUCCCACCUUAAUCGGGUCCUGAUGAAAAUCGUGCCCCUGAAGCUCUUAUUCACUCUGGGAAGGAAACUUCUGUGGGUGCCAGUGGAAGCUUUCCCUUCAGCUUGAAGGGCAUGAUUUUGGUCAGGACCACACUGUGGAGGGAGAGGAUCUUGUGCACCACGGUCCUGGUCUUACAUGCCCUGCCCGCAUGCAGCUGCUGCUUAGUUAAAAACAAAACAAACCCAAACAUGCCAGGCCAAAUGAUUGAUGCACGUAUUAUAUUUGGCCCUCAGUGGAAAGACUGCUUGCUUUGCAUGCAGGUUUUUCCGUCUCAAGCAUCUCUGCUUCUAAAGGGGAGGCCAAGAAGGCCUUGGCAGGGAGUUCAGUGUUCUUGGUACAAGGCUCUGGCUAAGGCCUUAGGCUAGGUAGCACCCAUUUUCCUUCCUUUCUUCUCCCCUGGCUCAGCUUCCAAGCACCGAGCCGAGCUCUGGAGGAAUCCCCUUUGGACCAGCUGACUCUAGCCCUUAAAUGCUGCCUCCUAGCCAAAACCCACUUCAUGCAGUAUUUCCUUCCCUAGUCCCUCAUGAGGAAUUGCAAGGGAACACAUCCCUGUUACCUGGCAACAAGCCCAGUAUUCCCCUGAUAUCUCCUGCAAUGGGUGAGGUCAUGCUUUUGUUGCUGUGGCAACUGGGUGAUCCACUUCCUGCUUCAUCACCUCUCUUCAGUUCAUUGCUUUUCCCCAGCCUUGGCAUCGGUGCCACUCCCACACAACUGAAAAGGACUUCGUCUUCUGUUGGUCAGAGUAAGCCCCACUGGGCUAGAUAGACCAGUGGUUUAAACCGGCAGCUCCUUUAAGUCUUCUGGGUCCCCAUUCUGGAGUGAUCAGUAAAAUAUUGAUCUUUCUUUCUGCAGGGACACAAGCUGGAGAAAUAGGAUGGAAUAAAAUUAUCAAGAUAGUAUGCUUAUUUGCAUAUUAUACAGGAGCAUAUCAUACACAUGUCAGGAAAUACUGUCAUCCAAGGUUGAAUCAAAGCAAAAUAUGCUUGAAACUGACCUGAAGCAGAACUAAUUGAGAUGUUAUUCCUGCAGUUCUGUUGCACAGUUAACUAAUCGCACAAGCAGUCUACUCAUCUGAGCAAUGUCAUGUCAGGUGAAGAAACCUGGAGAACUCCACAAUCCACUUCCAAGAGCAGGCUGAGCUCUUCCUGUGCAUAGAAGCUGAUCUGUGAAGUUCUGCAAGUUUCCUCCUCUGACUUGAUGCUGCACGCAAGAGGAAGUAACCACCAGCAUGAGCCAGCAAAAAUACCAUUUUAAUCCAUUGAUAAUAUCCCUUUUCCCCAUCUGUUCAAAUUCUCUCACCCAUUCCCUUAAAGCAUUUCAGUGCAAACACCGCAAAUAUGAGUAGGUUUCAUGGUUUGGAAACCUUGAUUCUCAACAGUCUCACAAAACCCAAAGUUCUUUCAAGCUUGCUUGAAAGAAAGUAAUGGCAGUUUAACUCAUUUAGAAUCAGUUUGGUCAUUGCGUGUGGAUUUGGCCCUAGGUUGUCUUCACACGUGAUGAUUAAAUCUGCUUUUGCUUAUUCUGUGUCUGUAACUUGAAUGUGGAACCUCCAUUGACCAAAAUGUGCAUUUAGCUUUAAAAGGGCUCUCUUUCCUGCUAUUGAUAAGAGCCAUCUCCUGAGCACACAAAUAGCACUCAAGAGGUUCAAAGGCACUUUCAGUGUAUGUAGUUUGUUUAAUGCUCUUUGUUUCAUACUCUCAGGACAGCGAAAAUAGUUAUACAGAGCCUAUACAGAGAGUUAACCUGAUUACCAUCGAAGGCUCUUGAAACCUCUUUGCAAUCCUUUGAGGGUCUCUACCUCAUCACUUCCCAUCCCAGCUAGCACUUCUUUUCAAAACUCAGUUUAUAUUUUGCCUGCCUUUGCCUCAGGAAGUACAUUUAAAGUGGUAUAACUGGGGCCAAUGUUACCCAUGGCAUACACAUUAAUUAAUUUUGUUCCACUGUUGUUUUGGAUCAAACAAGUUGUGCAGGUUUUAAAAAGAACGACAAAAACCUGCAAAGCCUAUUUGACCAGAAGCAGUGAUAUAAAUGUGCACCCCGUGGGCAGUAAUGCCUCUCUCAUUCUACCUUAAACUCUUUGAAAUAACUAUUGUCUGUUCCAGCUUUUUAUGCAUUUUUAUGUACAGAUCUCCUGCUUCAGUUGCAAGUGUCCCAACUCUUAGUUUCUUCUCUCCCUGUGGUAAUUGGAUAGGAAAUCCAAUUUAGUUACGUCUAAUAUCAAGCAGAGAUUUGGAGUUAGCAUAGGGGCUUAAGGAAGCAAUUAAAAGAGUUUCAGGCUUUAUAAUAAUGUGUUCCUGGAGGGUGUGCAUGUGUUACUAGAAUGAUAUGGGAUCAUGGGAGUUGUUUCUUGUUGGCUGUUCCUAAAGCACAGUAAUGACUACUUAUAUUUUAAUAUUAAAGUGUGAAAUAAUAUUGCCAUUAAAGUCAGCUAGUCCAAUGUAUCAUUUAUUUAAAGAAAAUUAGUCAUUUACCAUUGGAUAAUUUUAUACCAGAUGAAUUAUUCAUAGUUAAAAUUAGGUUCAAAGAGAAUGGUGGCUGGAAUGAAGCCCAGUGAGGAUGAUUCUCAAGGUGGAGCUACACCUUACCUUGGCAAACACAUCUCCAACCAAUAGUAAUGCAGGGACGCGGGGAGUGCCUUUCCGGAGGAGAGUCUGUAGGUAAGAGCCCCUGGUGGCGCAGUGGUAAAACUGCCGCCCUGUAACCAGAAGGUUACAAGUUUGAUCCUGACCAGGGGCUCAAGGUUGACUCAGCCUUCCAUCCUUCCGAGGUCGGUAAAAUGAGUACCCAGAAUGUUGGGGGCAAUAUGCUAAUCAUUGUAAACCGCUUAGAGAGCUCUGGCUAUAGAGCGGUAUAUAAACGUAAGUGCUAUUGCUAUUGCUAAGAGAGAGUGCUUAACUAUAGCCCUUUUCCGCCAGGCCUUCCCGCGACAGUUAGGUUUAUAUUUGGUCUCAGAGCCAAUGCAGGAGGGGAGAGACAACAGCAGCUAAGAGGGGAUUGCAGGGGGGUAUUGGCCAGUGCAGGAAGAGUGAAGCAUUUCUGUGUUUGCUCCUAACAUGGUUACACCUCUCAGUGAUCUGGCUAUGCAAAGUUAUCCAGUUCCCCAUGAGAUGCUAACUAUAAUCCAAUCAGAAUAUUGUUUGCAAAGAUGUACCCCUCCAUGAUGCAAACUUGAAAAAGAAGUUUGGUUUGUGGAGAUAUGGCAGAGCUGAGUCCCGUCCCGUCCCCGUCCCCCCCAUCAUAUGUUGUAAAUAAAAAGGUUGGCAUCUUGAGCUUCUAAAUGCAAAAAAAAAAAAAAGAUUUCUUAUCAUAAGCCAUGCUUUUUGUAAAUAUAUAAUGGGGGUGAGCAACAUGAAAAGGGGUUUUGUUUGUUUGUUUUUAUAGGGGUUGGGGAGGAGGACAUUGCAGAGCAGCAACUUGUUUCAUAUUGAUUUUAAAGUUGUCUUGUUGAUGCCUUUCUGAUUACAGAGACCAGUGAGUGUGCUAUGAAAUUUCUAUUAGAAUUUUGAAAUGUUUCUACCAUGUAUGGGUGGGGGGAACCUCUAUAUUUCAAGCUUAAUGUCACUUUAGCCCACAAUCUAGUAAUCUCUUCUAUGAAAGCUUAACGUUGGCUCUCAGCAACCACCCUCAGAAGAGGACAUGUGCUGCAGCCCUUUAACCCCAAGAACACAGAUGGAUUGUUUGGGGCCUUUAAAUAAGUGGAGCACCAUUGGACCAAAGAGCUUCUAUUUAGCUAUAUUAGAGCUGGGAUAUAUUGAGGUUGUUCACACAAGCAGCCCUACCUGGGUAGGCCUGCUUGUGUGAAGCGCCGGGAUCAAGGCUGAUCCUGGGGCUGACCCCCUUCAUAGCCCGGAAAUUUUACCCAACCAUUUACCUGGGUAGAAGGGCACGAGUGUGUCACUUUAUCCAGGUACAGGGCCAUGUGAAUGCUUGGGCUGCACACAGCCGACAGCAAGCUGGGCACCUAGAACACCUGACUCAUGGCAGGAUUCCUCAAUGCACGGCAAUUGUUGCAAGGUUGCCACACUUGUUAUACAGUGCACUGUGGGAUAUCAGGUGCUGAGACUCAUUUUCUGGUUCCCCUACAGAUGUGGGAACAUCUGCCCUCUCUCAACAAAUGCAUUCCCACAUUGGGUGCCCACUUUACUAACAGAAGGACUGAUGCCCAGUUAGAAGAGAUGUGUGCAUCUGAGCUGAAUGCAGCACCCCCAUGUGUUGCAGCCUCAGACUAAAUACAUAGUUUGGGAUACUGAAGCAUCACCCUUUGGGCAAGCCAACCUGAGAAUGCUCAUGCUUUCAUUGGCUUCUCCCACCUGCACCCCAGUCCAUACCAUUAAAGCCUCAUUCUUGGGACGAGGAUCUUUGGGAUCUCUAUCAUUUAUGAAUUAGUUAUGAGGAAGGCAGGAAACAGAGUGGGAAGGACAAAGCCUAUCAUAAAAGCAGGAGGAGGAAAAGGUGGUGGUGGUGGGUGGUCUUUAUAUCCAAUCUCAAUCAAACAAAAUGGUCCCAAUUUUUUUUAAAGGUUAGUCAUGCCUAAAUCCUGCUGAGUGCAACAGCAGCGCAAUCCUAUGCACUUUUAUUCAGAAAGAAGUUGAGUUCACCUAGUUCAAUAGGGCUUACUUCCCAGAAAGUGUGUUUAGGACUGCAGUCUUAAUUUAGUUGGGUGACUGUAUUUCAGCAGGACUUAAGUGCAAUUUAUAUUCUUAGAUUGGGGUCAAUGUGCUUCGUAAUCUGGACAGAGAGUUUAGAAUCAAAUCAAAUAAAUAAAAUAUAGGCUAUGGAUGUUCACACAAGUCUUUCCUAUUUGGACUUUAUUUUAACCUUCCUUGUUAAACCUUCCUUGUGCCAGCAAUUGGCACACCACACAGAAGAAAAAUAGUUUUGCUGAUCAAGAUGGUUUUCUAUAUAUUAGUGAGUCAUUAACAUGAGGAAGCUACUUGUAUAAAGUUAAACUAAAUUGCAGGGUUGGAGAUCUUGCUUCUCUGUGACAACAUGAAUCUUUUUGCAUUCUGUUCCCAAGGAUUUGCUUUUAUUGCUUAUACUUGCAUCCUGAUCCCAACAAGAGGAAGCGCAUCACAAUGGGCCCAAUCAGGACGAGUACCUCUGAUGCAGAAAGUACUCAUGGGAGUGUGUGUGGGGGGGUCCCCACAGGGGCUACUAGUCACAUUCCACACACCAGGGUGUAACUGGAACUGGUUUGGGGCCAGACAGCUUUGGCAGUAUCUAAUGAAUGCAAGGGGGUUCAAAUAUAUGAGGAACACAAAUCAAAACUGUGCAUGUAUCUUAGGCCAUGCCUGCAAAACUCCAAAGUAGAAAGCUAAUGAAGAGGCAGGGAAAGGUGGUGGUGAGGCUUCAGUUUGACAGCAUCCCAUUUUAUUAAGGAAUUGGGAUUAGUUUUCUUUCUACUUAAAUUAUAUUUCCUAGCCUAAAGAAGGCUUCCAUGUGACCAGACUAUUUGCUGCUAAGCUGUCAGUCUGCCAAGCUGGAGGAAGAGCUGUGCUGCAAAGCACUUCAAAAAGGAGGCGGGGGUUGCCAAUUGCUCUGACUCUUAAGCCACUCGUCACCAAAGCAGCUGCAAAAUGGAGGAACGAAUAAUAGCAUACUACCAAGCGAGAGGGUGAAUUACAACAGGGCAGGUCUGGGAAAUGUUGCCACAUAAAGAUAGAUAUGAAAUGGGGAUGAAAUGGAGCUGGGGGAGAAUUGCAUCUUGUGAGAACCGAGAUAAACUUGACCUUGGUUCAGUACAAACUUAACACAGAGGUCAACUGAGAUCGCACCCAUUAAUGUUUGUGGCUAGCAAAUGAUUUGGUAGCCUGAGGCAGGUCGCUGUACCAAGCCUCUCUGAAGUGUCCGAAGCCAUUUCAUCUCAAUUUUACAGGAAGACCAGGGAACAAAAAGGGGAGGCUGCAACCUACUUUGGUGAUGCUGUGCUGACGCGCAUUAAGCUGGGUACCGCCAUACAGCCCUCACCUUGUGGUUUCCCUAGCACUGAAGCCUGAGCUCCUGGCCAGCUGAUGUGCUUCAUAGAAGCAGCAGGGUCACAGCUCCCUGGAGUGGCAUCCAGGCACCUCGUCCAAAGCCAGAUAAUGCGUCCAGCGCUGCAUGUUGAUGAGGUGGAUAUAUUGUAACAUAAAUGCUUGUUUGGAUCCAAAAUAAAAUCACACAAAAAAAUUACAAAAAUUGUAAAACUUUAAUGUUUUUUUGUCAAAGAAAAAAUAAAAUAAAACCUUGUUGUAAAGAAUUA